AAUCAAAACCCCAGCACGACACGCCUCUUCUCUCCACUUCGCUCCUCAAUUUCAAAUAAAUUCAAUUCAAUUCCAAUUUUUAGCUAAAACAGCACAAUGCAAAUCAAUGCCCUAAGUCUUCAUUCUUCUUCUCUAAUUUCUCCUCAAAACCCUAAUUUCAAGCGUUACUAUUCUCAACCUUCACUUCCUUUUAACAAACAGCUAACUCCUUGCAUCCAUGGCUCUCGUUUCCCUUCAUGUUUACACCUUUCGAAUGCAAAGCAUCGGAGAAAUCGAUUUACGAGCAAUUGCAUUAGCCCUGGCAAAGAUGUAGCAUUUGAUAAUGAUACAGUAUCUGAGAGCGGAAACGAUAGUAGAAUAGCUUCAGUUUCGUCCUUUCAAGAAGAAGAAGAAGAAGUAGGAGAAACAGUAGAAAUAGAGGUCAAAAGAGAUGGAUUAGAGAAUCAAAGUAUAUGGAACCAAAUUCAGGAGAUUGUAAAGUUUACAGGACCUGCUACGGGGCUUUGGUUAUGUGGGCCGCUAAUGAGUCUUAUUGACACUGCAGUUAUCGGUCAGCAAAGCUCCAUUGAGCUUGCUGCUUUAGGACCUGGGACAGUGGUUUGUGAUUAUAUGUCUUAUGUGUUUAUGUUCCUUUCAGUUGCCACUUCAAAUUUGAUUGCAACUUCCCUUGCCAGACAGGAUAAAAAUGACGUACAACAUCAAAUAUCUAUCCUUCUUUUUGUGGGGUUGGUUUGUGGCAUCUUGAUGUUUCUGUUUACAAGGUUUUUUGGUUCAUGGACAUUAACUGCUUUUACAGGACCAAAAAAUGUACAUAUUGUACCUGCGGCAAAUACUUAUGUUCAGAUUCGAGGCUAUGCAUGGCCCGCAGUUAUUGUUGGAUGGGUUGCUCAAAGUGCAAGUCUUGGCAUGAAAGACGCUUGGGGACCUCUGAAGGCUUUGGCAGUUUCCAGUAUUCUAAAUCUUGUUGGUGAUGUAGUCCUCUGCAGUUUCUUAGGUUACGGGAUUGCUGGUGCUGCAUGGGCAACAAUGGUGUCUCAAGUUGUUGCAGGUUAUAUGAUGAUUGAAGCUUUGAACAAGAAAGGAUACAAUGCAUUUGCUUUCUCUAUUCCGACGCUCAAUGAACUUUCAAUGAUAGCUGGGAUUGCAACUCCAGUGUUUGUAACAAUGAUGUCAAAGGUGGUCUUCUACUCUCUCCUUAUAUACUUUGCUACGGCUAUGGGCACAAAUUCUGUAGCUGCUCAUCAGGUCUUGCUUCAAACGUACAGCAUGUGUACAGUAUGGGGUGAGCCUCUCUCUCAAACUGCACAAUCAUUUAUGCCAGAGUUGAUUUAUGGUGUCAACCGAAGUUUGAUAAAAGCACGGAUGUUGCUAAAGUCACUUGUGGUAAUUGGAGCCACACUUGGAGCAUUGUUGGGGGCCAUUGGAACAAUUGUCCCUUGGUUCUUGCCAAAUCUCUUUACACCUGAUCAAAAUGUUAUACAGGAGAUGCACAAAGUGCUUUUACCAUACUUCUUGGCAUUGGCUGUGACACCUAGUACUCACAGCCUUGAAGGGACAUUGAUGGCUGGACGAGAUCUCAAAUUUCUUAGCUUGUCAAUGACAGGAUGUCUUUCCUUUGGUACCCUUAUAUUGAUGCUUACAAACAGCAAAGGAUAUGGUCUGGUCGGCUGCUGGUUCGCGCUUGUAGGCUUCCAAUGGUCUCGAUUUUUCCUUGCCCUCCAACGACUUCUCUCACUUGAUGGCGUACUGUACUCUGUAGACUUGAGCCGCUAUAAAAUUGAGAAGCUGACAGCCAGUUAAUUUAAUUUAAGGUGUUACAAAGAGAUCAAGUUUGUAAUCCUUACCUAGGACCUGAGCUGCAAAAAUCUGGAUAUUGAGUUCUCAUUAAUUUUUGGAGAGUCAAUCUGUGCAAAGUAGCAAUCUGCACUCAAGCUGUGAUGUGUUUUUCUUCACAGCUGAUAUCAAUUGUAAGUUUCAUAUUACUCGUAAUCAUCAAAUAGGAUGAUUACGAUAUGGCCCAAAGCUGUCCUUAUUCGAGCAGGAUGAUCAAUUUUAUCAAUUAGAAUUAAAUUAAUAAAAAUAUUUUAUUAUUAAUUCA